UUUUUACCUUGGACCGGUCGGGUCGCCGUUCUUUCGCCCACUUCUUCUCCGACGCCGAACGGUUCGGCCGCCCGCUACGACCGCCCUCUUCUCUCAUCCGGUGGCGGUGAAGGGCCGGCGCUGUUGGAUUCUUUGUUGUGGCUGCGGGCUCCUCUUCGGCCGUUCUCCUCCUCCGCUCUCUCCCUCUUUUUCUUUGGUAGGGUUUCUUCCAAAGGCGAAAUAGUGUACCAAAUUCCCUCUUCUGUCGCUGUUUUUAGCUUUAUCUUUUGGAAGAGAUCUGGCUCAUGGCUUCUUCAUCUCCGGGCUCUAGUGGCAAGAUUGGUGACUCUAUUACGGCCAUCACGGCCAUAGAUGGCAACAUAACAUCACAACGGCCUGGUGCUUUUGAAAUGCCAAAACCGAGCCUUCGGGGCCUUAACAAGCCCAAGUGCAUCAAAUGUGGCAAUGUUGCUCGCUCUAGGUGCCCUUUUCAGUCAUGCAAGAGUUGCUGCGCCAAAGCUGAAAAUCCAUGUCAUAUUCAUGUUCUUAAACACAAUGGUACUUUGCCGGACAAACCACCACCUUCUAGCUCCACGACGAUAGAACAACCAUCCAAUGAUGUGUCCUCAUCAGGGGCUUCUGGGAGACUCAACUCACUCAGGCAGAUUUCCACUAAUGUUGCCAAUAUCUUACGAGCUAGGAAACCGUUGAACAGAAAGGAUGCUGUGAAUAUAAACAGGUGGAGGUUUAUGAAGUUAAGAGAGCAUUUUGAACGAGAUAUUGAAGUUGAAAACGAGGCAUUUGAUAGGUACAUGCAAAAUGUGAAUUUACUGGAGGAAACAUUCUCAAUCACGCAAGGAACAGAACCGGGUGAUCAGACUGCAUUGGUUGCUGGUUCUUCUGAAAAAUUGGUCUCUGAGAUUAAGAUGAAGCUGAAAUCCAAUUCUGAAAGAGCUGAGAGUUUUCAGGAGAGGACACGAAACCUCAUCGACCAGAAAUUAUGUGAGUUGCAGAAAGGAGAAUUUGUUUCUGAUGAUUGUUCAAUAAAUGAUGAUGACCUAGAUGAUCAUAGAGAGUUCAAAAGAUCAAGACAGAUUAUGAAAUGGCGCCACGACAGAAACUCAACCAUGGAUGAUGUAAUCAAUAAACUGAACAAAGCGCAUAGUGAAGAAGAUAUAAGAGGUUGCAUGGACUUGAAGCUGCAGUGCACAGUUGAUAAUCUGACAAGUGAAGAUCACUCGACACCCAAGCUAGAAUCAGCAGACGUGACAGCUUUGUCAUUUUGUUCUCCACCCAAGAUGUGGAUGACUGCCCAUGUUGAUCAAGAUACUCUUGCAAACAUCAACACACAGUUUUCAUCUCUUAGCAGUAUUGCAGAGUUGUGAUUAAAGCGGAUCUCCAAUCCAUUAUCAUUGACAAGGCUGACUAGCUUGGGCAUCAUGCAGACUAUUUAAAAAGUGGAUGGAAAUAUGGUGUGCUGCUGAGGAUUAGUUUCAUUAUUAGUUUUAGGUGUCCGAAUCUCCAUAUAUGUAUCUCUGUAUAAUCAGCGCCAGUAAUCGGUUUCCCAUCCCAUCUUCUUAAAGAAAUCAAGAGAAAACCAAACCUGCCUGUAAACUUUCAGGUUUGGGGUUUCCUUGUACCAUUAACAUUAGUGUCACCUUUUUUUUUUUUUUUCCCCAAUCUAAUGUUUACUUACUGGUAUGGAGUGUUUUAUGUUUCACUAAUGGUGCAUGACUUCUUCCAUUACCGUGAAA